CACACACGCCAGCAGUUAGAUCUUCAAAACUCAUAUUGACUUCUCUUGUUCCCUCUCUCUCCCUCUCUCUUGUAGCAUGGCGGAUAAACAGGAUAAGAGUGAGCUGAAAGCAGAGCUGGAGAGGAAGAAACAGCGCCUGGCCCAGAUCCGAGAGGAAAAGAAGAGAAAAGAGGAGGAGAAGAACAAGAAGAAGGAUGGGUCUGACUCGAAGCGGGAAGGGGAAGGGGGUGGAGUCGGUGCAGCAGAUGACUCUUCUGACCUGGAGAAGAAGAGGAGAGAGGCUGAGGCUCUGCUGCAAAGCAUGGGGAUCACCCCUGAUAUACCCAACACCAAGUCAGUGGGCAGCGAUUCUGGAAGCCAGGACUCUGGAGAUGGAAACUCUAGGCGAGGUUUUAGGCUUGGCAUGGCAAAGGUGACCCAGGUGGAUUUCCCUCCAAAAGAGAUGGUGUCCUACUCCAAGGAGACACAGACCCCCGCCGAUACACAAACACACACCCAGGCUAAACCAGCAGAGGAGGAGGAGGAGGAAGAAGAGGAGGAGGAGAUGGUCGAUCCCAAGCCAGCAGAGGACUCCCAGGAGGAGAAAGCUGAUGAGGAGGAGAAGCAAGAAGAAGUCCCUCCCAAGGAGCUGACUGAAGAGGAGAAGAUGCACCUGCUCAACUCUGAGGAGUUCAUGACCUUCUUCGAUCGAGGGAGCAGGAUUGUAGAGCGGGCUCUCUCUGAGCGAGUGGACGUCUGCUUCGACUACAGUGGCCGAGACCUGGAGGACAAGGAGAGUGAGAUGCAGGCGGGGGCUAAGAUGUCUCUGAGUAGGGUGUUCUCUGACGAACGUUGGUCCAAGAACAGAGUGGUCACCUGUCUGGACUGGUCUCCUCAGUACCCUGAACUGCUGGUGGCCUCCUACAACAACAAUGAAGAUGCUCCUCAUGAGCCGGACGGAGUGGCUCUGGUCUGGAAUAUGAAGUAUAAGAAGACCACACCCGAAUACACCUUCCACUGCCAGUCUGCGGUGAUGUCAGCGGCAUUCGCCAGGUUCCAUCCUAACCUGAUUGUGGGUGGGACUUACUCAGGCCAGAUCGUCCUAUGGGACAACAGGAGCAACAAAAGAACAUCUGUACAGAGAACUCCCCUGUCUGCAUCCGCUCACACGCAUCCUGUGUACUGUGUGAACGUGGUCGGGACCCAAAACGCUCACAACCUCAUCAGCAUCUCUACUGACGGAAAGAUGUGUUCUUGGAACCUAGACAUGCUGUCUCAACCACAGGACAGUCUGGAGCUGGUGUUUAAGCAGUCUAAGGCAGUAUCAGUGACCUCCAUGGCGUUUCCUCUGGGUGAUGUCAACAACUUUGUGGUUGGGAGUGAAGAUGGAUCCGUCUACACCGCCUGCCGCCACGGGAGUAAGGCAGGCAUCAGUGAUGUGUUUGAGGGACACCACGGUCCAGUCACUGGACUGAGCUGUCACAGUGCCGGGGGUCCCGUGGAUUUCUCCCAUCUCUUCAUCUCUGCUUCCUUCGACUGGACUGUUAAGCUGUGGACCACCAAGAGUACUCGUCCUCUGUAUUUGUUUGAGGACAGCUGUGACUAUGUGUAUGAUGUCAUGUGGUCUCCCACUCACCCCGCCCUCUUCGCCUGUGUGGAUGGAUCAGGACGGCUGGACCUGUGGAACCUCAACAACGACACAGAGGUGCCCAGUGCCAGUGUGGUUGUGGAUGGGUCUCCUGCUCUGAACCGUGUGCGGUGGGCUCACUCAGGGAGAGAAAUCGCUACAGGAGACUCAGACGGGCAGGUGCUGGUCUACGACGUAGGAGAGCAAAUCUGUGUGCCCAAGGCAGAUGAGUGGACCCGUUUCGUGCGCACGCUCGUGGAGAUCAACGAGAGCCGAGACGAAGGAGAUGAGCUCGCCGCGCAGCGCCUACUCGCCUGAUCACCAUGGUUACUUUGGGGACCACGCCCCUCUUGCUUCCAAAUCCUCCCUCUGGUUGGAGCAGGUGUGAUGUCUAUCCCUCAGGGUUCUAGAAGGUCGACAGUGUUCUGUCCACCGCUCCAACUCAAGUCCUUUUCUAAAUAUGCAAAACGUACCUUUUUACUACUUUGUAUUUGUACAUUUUCUAGACGUAUGUAUGUUCCCUAUGGGCUGACGAUGUGUGUUAAACUGAUGGUGAAGAACAGAAAAAGAUCACCCAUGCUAUGCGCAUUCCAACCUUCAUAGACAAGGACAGCCAUGUCCUCAUAUUUUAGCAACAAUUUUAUUUAUCCAUGCAUUUAUCACAUUUGGUUACACACAUUUUAAACAUAUUACAUAUUUCUGCAGAUAACGUUUCUAAUAUCCCCUAACAUUAACACUACACCUAAACCCAAAAAUAAAAAAAUAAAGCUUUUUAAAUUAACUAAAACUAUUCUUCACGGCAAGUUAUGAACCAAAGUUUUUACUUUCUCUUUUGGUAAUGUACCUGUAUGUCUCUUAAUAGAAAAACAGUUUCGUUCUCCUUCCUGAAAGCAUGAAUAAUGAAAUCUUCCCACAUAUGAAGAUGUGGACGCAAGCAGAGCCAUAGAUACAGUACCUCUGGAAAGUAUUCAGACCCCUUGACUUUAUCCACAUUUUGUUACGUUACAGCAUUAUUCUAAAAUCUACAC